UUCGAAACAAUACACAGUGAAGCAACGAAAGCGAUUGUCGCGAAAUUGACCUCACAGCCCUGGUUCACGAAAGGUGUCAAGCUUUUGGACUACGGGUGCGGGACAGGGCUUAUGCUGCGACUACUAGCAGACGAUGGUUUGAUUGGCCCUUCCAAGGGACUAGAUGUGGAAGAGAAAAUGGUGGAGAUAUUCCAGAAGCACAUCAAUGAGAACGAGAAGUACAAAGAUGUCUUGUCUGCAAGGCUGUUGAAGGGUAUCGAUGGCUCGGAUGCCGGUAUUGCCGAGCAUAAUGAAAACGGAACGUUCGACGUGGUGACGAGCACUUUUGUGCUGGGUCAUGUAUUCGAGGGAAAUGUGGACAAAGUCAUUAACUCCAUAGCACGAUGCGUGAAGGUGGGUGGCCACUUGGUUAUAUCUGAGUUUGAAUCCGGGAUUCAAACGGGUGAGGAUAACGCAGCGCACGUGUCUGAUGGAGGGCAUUUCCAUACUGUGUUCACUGAGGUCAGCAUGACCGAGCACUUAGAAAAACGUGGUUUUGAUACGAAGAACGCUGUGGUGAUCAGAGGUGUGCUUGAGAUGGGAAAAGGAGACAAGAAAAUGAAAGAAGAUUUCUUCCGCAUCUUCGUAGAGAAAAAAUAAAAUUGUAAAAGAUG